CCCACCACCACCCCAACCCAAUCCACAUCAAGAAGACAAGAUACAACAUAUACAACCCUUACAUCAACCAAAUCCAAUCCAAUCCAAUCCACACAAAAGAACUCAAGAAAAGAUCAAAUCAAAAUGACCACCCCCUCCGAACAAGCCAAAAACCUCACCCCCGCAGCAAUUCACUCCGCACACGCCCUCAUAAAACCCCACAUCCACAAAACGCCCCUCCUAACCAGCAAAACGCUCAACACCCUCGCCUCGACACCACAACCGGACAUCGCAAACGCAGCGAACCCCACACUGCGCUUCUACUUCAAAUGCGAGAAUUAUCAGCGUAUUGGGGCGUUCAAGGCGAGGGGCGCGUUCCAUGCGCUGUUGAGGUUGCUAGAGAGAGUUGGGGGGGAGAAGGUUAGGGCGUGUGGGGUUGUUACGCAUUCUUCUGGCAACCACGCACAAGCCCUCGCCCUCGCGGCAUCAACGCUCCACAUCCCGGCCUACAUCGUGAUGCCGCGCAUCAGCACAGUGUCAAAAAUCGAAGGGACGCGCUCGCAAGGCGCAGAGAUCGUCUUCAGCGGAUCAACAGCGCCGGAGCGAGAGGCCGUCGUGCGGGAGGUGCAAGCUCGAACAGGGGCGAUCCUGGUCCCGCCUUAUGACGAUUUCAACGUCAUCUGCGGACAGGGCACGACGGGGUUGGAGCUGGAGGCGCAGUAUAAGGCGCUUGUUGGUGAUGAGGGGAAAGAGCUUGACGCGGUGAUUACGCCUGUUGGUGGGGGCGGACUGAAUGCGGGGGUUGCGAGUUAUUUCUCCGGGAAGCGGACGAGGGUGGUUGGGGCGGAGCCGAGUUUUGAGGGCGCGGAUGAUUGUCGGAGGGGGUUGGCGAGUGAGGGGAGGGAGAGGGUGGAGAGUGUAAAGUCGUUGACGAUUGCGGAUGGGUUGAGGACGCCGGUGGGUGUGCUGAACUGGGAGGUGUUGUCGGAUCCCCGGAAGGUGGCGGGUGUGUAUGCUGUGACCGAAGAUCAGAUCAAGGCGGCGAUGAGGCUCGUUCUGGAGCGGAUGAAGGUCGUCGUGGAGCCGAGUGCGGUAGUUGGACUCGCGGUUUGUCUGUAUAAUGAGGAGUUCCGCGCGAUGGUGGAGAAGGAGGCGGGAAGCGCGGGGUGGGAUGUGGGCGUUGUUUUCAGCGGGGGGAACACGACGGUAGAGGCGAUUGGAAAGCUGUUCUCUUGACCGGUAGUAGUUGAGCGCUAGACAUUAUAUCAUGACUACUCCCUCGGUGAUCGUGAAGGGAAAUCCCCCUUUCUGCUGGAUCUGCUCCACCAACCGCUGCGGCCACUCCUCCUCUCCCCAUGCGUUAACCCUCGCCCGGAACUGACCCCGUCGGACCGCGUCCUGUCGUGCGUCUGCG